GACAGAAUCGGACCUUCAAGCUGAAUUCGCCGAUCGAAGCACGUCGAAGCUUUCGGGCGGUGCCUGUCCAAAGAAUAAACGAAGCCUUGCGCCUGUCAGUUUUACUUGCACUUCAUCUUUGAUACUCAUCCUCCCUUUCAUUCUUCUUUGAGACCAGAAGAUCUUUUUACUCGCACCACCAUAUUCUCAAUUUCAAUCGUGUUUGCCAAAGCAUCUUAAUACUGCCCACUCACAUAUUCCAAUAUGGCAUCUGCGGACGAGCUCAAGGCUCUCGGCAACAAGGCCAUUGCCGAGAAGAAAUUCGACGAGGCAAUAGACGCAUUCACCCAAGCCAUCGCAAUCGACGGCUCAAACCACGUCUUCUACAGCAACAGAUCUGCGGCCUACGCUUCCAAGAGAGACUGGGACAAUGCUCUGAAAGACGCAGAGAAGACGACCGAGAUCAAGCCCGACUGGCCGAGAGGAUGGGGUCGCAAGGGCGCCGCCCUCCACGGCAAGGGAGACCUGCUAGGCGCCAACGAUGCGUAUGAGGAGGGUCUCAAGCACGACCCGAACAACGCUGGCCUGAAGAGCUCUCUAGCCUCGGUCCAAAAAGCCAUGGAGCAGGAAUCCGGUGGCAUGGGAGCUGACCCCCUGGGUGGGAUUGGCAAGAUGUUCAGCGACCCGAACCUGCUCCAAAAGCUUAUGACGAACCCCAAGACCAGCGGUUACUUCUCCGAUCCCUCCUUCAUCGCCAAGGUUCAGCAACUCCAGAAGAACCCCUCUAAUGCCCAAGAUUUGUUCAGUGAUCCGCGCAUGAUUCAGGUUCUGGGUGUUGCCAUGGGAGUCGAUAUGGACAUGAGGAGCCCCGCGGAUAUGCCAGGUGGCGGCGCAUCUUCCUCUGGCGCUAAGGAAGCUGAGGAAGACAUCGAAAUGCCCGACCUGGUCCCCAAUGCGCCCACGCCUGCUCCUAAGGCCGCCCCUAAGAAAGAUCCCACGCCUGAGCCAGAGUCAGAAAACGAAGAGCAAGUUGCGAAGAAGAAGGCUAAGGAGGAUGCCGAUAAGGAGAAGGCUUUGGGCACGGAGAGUUACAAGAAGCGCAAUUUUGACGAGGCCAUCAAGCACUACAGCGCAGCCUGGGAUCUCCACAAGGACAUCACUUAUCUCAACAACCUGGGCGCGGCUCACUUCGAGAAGGGUGACUACCAAGCAUGCAUCGACACCUGUACCAAGGCCAUUGAGGAAGGUCGCAUGAUCUACGCCGACUUCAAGAUGAUUGCCAAGUCAUACGCGCGUAUCGGCAGUGCAUACGAAAAGAUGGGCAACCUCGACGCCGCGGUCGAGAACUACAAGAAGUCAUUGACAGAGCACCGCACACCAGAAGUGAACACGAAGCUGCGCGCCGCCGAGCGCAACAAAAUCGAAAGCGCCAGGAAGGCGUACAUCGACCCAGUUAAGGCUGAGGAAGCGCGCGAGGAGGGCAACAAGAAGUUCAAGGAGCAGGAUUUCCCUGGUGCCGUUGCAGCGUACAGCGAAAUGGUGAAGCGCGCACCCGAAGACCCUCGCGGAUACAGCAACCGUGCCGCGGCCUUUGUCAAGCUGUUCGAGUUUCCCAGUGCGCUGGAAGACUGUGACAUGGCCAUUAAGAAAGACUCCAAGUUCAUCCGAGCUUACAUCCGCAAGGCACAGGUUUACUUCGGCAUGCGCGAGUACUCCAAGUGCCUGGACGCAUGCAAUGAGGCGUCCGUUAUCGACGUCGAGCACCACAAUGGUCAGAACGCCAGAGAGAUCGAUCAGCAGCAACAGAAGGCAGUGCAGGCGAUGUAUUCGGCUAGAGAGAAUGAGACGGAGGAGCAGACAAGGGAACGUCUGCAGAAGGACCCCGAGAUCAUGGCCAUCAUGCAAGAUCCCGUCAUGCAAUCCAUCCUGCAGCAAGCUCAAUCCGAGCCUGCCGCUCUUCAGGAGCACAUGAAGAACCCUGCCGUGCGAUCUAAUAUCCAAAAGCUGGUCGGUGCUGGUGUCAUCCGUAUGGGUCGAUAGGUGACGGUGCAGAACUAUUUCGGAUCAAGGCUGGAACGACAUCAUAGGUCAUGACAUUGAUAAUCUCAGUGCUUGAGCAUUGCGAGGGAAGGGCCGGGGAGGUAAUUCGAGCUGUACUCUAAUUUGGACUUGAUGAGGCGUUAUAAAAUCGCAUAAGUGGAGUAAAUUGAUGAUUUAUGACUUCUCUACCAAGUUUCACAAACUAACCAUCCCUACUGGUCAUGUAAAGCUUUUGCAUGUGCGAAGCGCCUCCAAUAAGUUAAAUGUAUUAUAUUGGUGUGUGAGGUGCUGCAGAUAAACGAUGCAAGAAUUGUCCCCAGAAAUUCCCAA